GGGUGUUGAAUCUGUAGACCUUAAAGGUGCCUUCUUGUACGUGUGUUGGAUAUAUAUCACUCCUGAAUUGCUCCUGAACACCGAUAUUCGUUUCUUCGUAUUUCUUGAUAGAGGCAAUGGAUGAAUCUGUGGAAAAGAAGUUAGCGUUACCUGGCGGACGUACUCUCGCGUAUGCAGAAGCUGGAACCCUGACCAGCACCACUAUCAUUCUUUAUCUUCACGGUGCCUUUACCGUUGGCGAGGCUUCGAAGACAUCCCAAAUAAUCCUGAGCAAAAACAUUCGCUAUGUCGCUCCCACUCUUCCUGGUUGGGGCAACACAUCUCCUCCACUUCCAUCGACUUCAUAUCCUGCCUGUUUGACGAGCGACAUCACUGCGCUACUCGAGCAUCUAUACCCGAAUAAUCAUGCCAUUAAGCUCUACAUAGCUGGAGGUUCGUUUGGAACUGUACCUGCACAGAUACUGUUUGGUGCGCCAUACGACGCGUUCCCAUUCGGACGAUACAUUGCAGGUGUAUUGUUGCUCGGUGCCCUCUCCCCCUUCCACUACCAUGUCGAUUACGCGAAGCACAUGUCGUGGUCAAAUUACAUCAUGGCUGGCCCACCAGCGCGCUUUAUUCCGUUCAAGCUCAUCCCACGACUAGUGAAAUUCAUUAUAUCCAAACAGCUGGCCACUGAAGCAGGGGCCGAAGCCUUUCUUCGCAAGACUUUGUUCGACACGAUGGAUCAGGCAGAGUUGGAGGAAUAUGCUAGGUGGAGGGAAAGGCAGGGUAUAGCAGAGGGCGAGACGGAGCUGAAUAUGGCGAAGAACGCCAUCCGAAGCGUAGCUAAAUCUUGGGAGGGCUUUUCUCUGAUGUCCGACGUGCUUCACGCAGACUGGGGCUUCCACCCUAACGAGCUUGACGAGAAUCAUUCUCGUCCUCCAGUCCUCCUCGUUUUCGGAAAGGACGAUAAAAUGGCUCCUGAAGCCAUGUCACAGUAUCUUGCGGCGAAUUACAAGAAUUCACGCUGCAGGUCUGUCGAUGGAGGUCACUUGGCUGUGUUAUACCAUUUGGAUAGCAUAUGGACCGAGUUCCUUGCUAACGAGCAUGGUGCUAACGCCGGCGCAAGCGGUAAUUAAUCGAUGACUAGUUAUACUGAUAUUAUCAUAUCUUUAUCUUGUACAUUUACGUGCACUCUGGUACACUGGACAUAAAUCUAUCGGAUGCUUUGAUCAAAAACUAGUAUAUUUCAUCACGACUACAUUGACAAAU